ACAAUCUCAAGAAACAGAUCUAGAGAAUAAUUGGAGGACAGAUUGCCAGCCAAGGGCAAAUGUGUAUAUAUUUGUAGGAAAUGCGCUCUUGUGAAUGGUCCAGUCCUGUCCUCUGGCUUCAAGGAAUUCAGCCUCAGAACAGGGAAGAAGCGCCAGAGGCCAGUCCCUCCUUGUCUCUGGACUCGUGUGCCCAGGAUCAGAAGGAGCUGUGAAGUGCAGAAGCAAUGGGGCGGCUGCUCUCUCUGAGCUGGGUACUGAUGGCAGUGGCAAUGACCUCUUGGGUCAUCACGGCAACAGCCAGUGAGCUCACCUCAGAAGCCAGAAAGUGCUCUGAGUGUCACAGCAAUGCCACCUGUACAGAGGAUGGGGUCAUCACUACAUGCUCCUGCCAAGAUGGUUUCUCUGGCAAUGGGCUGGAGUGCGUGGACGUGGACGAGUGUGCCAUUCCAGAGGCGCACAACUGCUCAGCCAACAGUAGCUGCGUGAACACGCUGGGCUCCUACGCGUGCGUGUGUGCAGACGGCUUCCUGCUGACGCCCGGGCUGGGCUGCACCGAUGUGGAUGAGUGUGCGAAGCCGGGGCUCAGCCGCUGCCAUGCACUGGCCACCUGCGUCAACGUGGAAGGCAACUACUCGUGCGUGUGCCCCGAGGGCUAUGUGGGAGAUGGUUGGCACUGUGAGUGCUUCCCUGGCUCCUGCGGGUCGGGGCUGGACUGCGUGCCCGAGGGCGAGGGUGGGGCCCUCGUGUGCGCGGACCCGUGUCGUGCAUACCACACACUGGACCAGUAUUGGCGCAGCGCAGACUAUGGCGCUGGCUACUCCUGCGACAUGGACCUGCACGGCUGGUACCGCUUCAAGGGCCAGAGUGGCGUGCGCAUGGCUGACAGCUGUGUGCCUGUCCUACGCUGCAACACUGCGGCGCCCCUCUGGCUCAACGGCACACACCCAUCCAACAAUGAGGGCAUAGUGAGUCGCACGGCCUGCGCGCACUGGAGCGGACACUGCUGCAUGUGGGAAACACAGGUUCAGGUGAAGGCCUGUGCCGGUGGCUACUUCGUCUACAACCUGCCAGCACCCCCGGAGUGCCACCUGGCUUACUGCACGGAUCCCACCUCCGUGGAGGGGACAUGUGAGGAGUGCAGUAUAGACGAGGAUUGCAUAUCGGAUAAUGGCAGAUGGCGCUGUCAAUGCAAGCAGGACUUCAAUGUCACUGAUGUCUCUCUCGUGGAGCGCAAGCUGGAGUGUGGAGCCAGUGACAUCAAGGUGUCCCUGGGCAAGUGCCACCUGAAAAACCUGGGCUUCAAGAAGAUCUUCAUGUAUCUGCGUGAUAGCCGCUGCUCUGGCUUCAUGGAGAGGGGUGAACGGGAUUGGAUGUCUGUGGUGACCCCGGCCCGUGAUGGUCCCUGUGGGACAGUGUUGACGAGGAAUGAAACUCAUGCCACCUACAACAACACCCUCUACCUGGCAAAUGAGAUGAUCAUUCGUGACAUCAACAUCAAAAUCAACUUCGAGUGCUCUUACCCACUGGACAUGAAAGUCAGCCUGAAGACUUCCCUGCAGCCCAUCGUCAGUGCCCUGAAUAUCAGCGUGGGUGGGACGGGUCUGUUCACCGUGCGGAUGGCACUGUUCCAGAGUCCUGCCUACAUACAGCCCUACCAAGGGUCCUCAGUGGAGCUAUCUACUGAGGCCUUUCUCUACGUGGGCACCAUGCUGGAUGGAGGUGACCUGUCCCGGUUUGUACUGCUAAUGACCAACUGCUAUGCCACACCCAGUGGCAAUGCCACAGACCCCAUGAAAUACUUCAUUAUCCAGGACAGAUGUCCACAGACUUCAGACUCAACUAUUCAAGUGGUGGAGAAUGGGGAAUCCCCCCAGGGCCGAUUUUCUGUCCAGAUGUUCCGGUUUGCUGGAAACUAUGACCUAGUCUACCUGCACUGUGAAGUCUACCUGUGUGACACUGUGAACGAGAAAUGCAAACCGACCUGCACUGGGACCAGAUUCCGAUCUGGGGGCUUCAUAGACCAAUCCCGUGUCCUCAACUUGGGUCCCAUCACUCGGAAAGGUGCCCAGGCCAUAGUCUCCAGGGCCACUUCCAGCAGCUUGGAGCUCCUGAAGAUCUGGCUACCUCUGCUUGUCUCGGCCACCUUGACCUUGACGUUUCAGUGAUCAGUGGUGUGAAGCCCUGUGCUUGGUGGCUCCCAGCUCACUUCCUGCCGGCCAGGAGGGGAGGUGCCAGCAAGUGCUCGCCCUUCCAUCAAUGUGCUCCUGUUUCACCUGCUAACUCUCUGCUUUGUGAGAAGAGCCUGUGUCCUUCAGUGCUUCCCACUCUCAAGAUGGGACUUGUGACUUGCCUGCACACGACCCUGUCUCCUAGUAGAGUACGGAAAAAUGAUAAUUAAAAAUAUAGCCUUUGAAGUCA